GUCCGGCUGACGCGCGAGACGGCGGCGCGGCUCGGGCGGCCCGACCUCGUCGUCGCGAUGGGCACGUCGGGCCAGACCACGCGGGCCGUCGUCGCCGAGACGCGGAUGGCGAAGGAGGCCGGCGCGGAUUACGUGCUUGUCCUUGUGCCGAGCUACUUCCACUUUGCCAUGACCGGCGACGCGAUUGUGGCGUUCUUUGAGGAGCUCGCCGAUUCGAGCCCGCUCCCGGUCCUGAUAUACAACUUCCCCGGUGUCGUCGCCGGCCUGGACGUCAACUCGGACAUGCUGGAUCGUCUGGGGAGGCACAGGAACAUCGUCGGCGUCAAGCUGACGUGCGGCGGGAUCGCCAAGGUCUGCCGUGUGCGUGCCGCGUUCGAGCCGGAGGAGUUUUGCGCCUUGGCGGGACAGAGCGACUGGCUUGUCCCGGGAAUGGCGGUCGGCGCCACGGGCGUGAUCACUGGCGUGGCCAAUCUCUAUCCAAAGGUCUGUAUGCGGAUAUUCGAUCUCUACACAGCAGGGAAGGUGAAGGAGGCCGAACAGGCACAGAUUGAGCUUGCCAAGAUGGAAUGGGGCUUUGCUCAGGGGGGCAUCAACGGAACCAAGUGGAUCGUUGCCAAGAUAAGAGGCUAUCCCGCGGAGAGCUGGCAUUGCAGACGGCCAUACCCCAAGUAUGGUGACGAGACUAAGAAGGCGUGGAUAUCAAGUGUCGUGGAGCCGCUGGCUGCUGUUGAGAAGAGCAUUGGGGAUCGUGGGGCAUUUUAGGUUAGACGUCGCAUUAAUAGAUGAUUAAAGGGCAAGCUAUGAUACCUCAUGACGAAAGACAAUUUAAUUGUAUUCCGUGA